GAUUAUGUAUCACGCCUUAUUUUAACGCCAUCGAUAGAGAGUAGUGAAAUAACCUUUCAUCCCUAACAAUAAGCAUCGACUUAUAAAGGUUAUCCAUCCUAUGACUUAAGAGGCGCUGGCACCUCCAAAAAAACCGGCACGAUGAAUCGCAUCGACGCCUCGGAUCAUUACAACGAAACUCCCUCUGCCACCAAUCAAAUCCCAUCUCUCCUAACAAUCGUCAUUGACACCAACCCUCGUGCCUGGGCCGCGCUAUCGGGCCGUCUUACGAUCGCUAACGCCGUCGCUAACCUUCUCGUUUUCGUCAACGCCCAUCUCGCAUACGGCAACGAUAAUCAUGUCGCCAUCCUCGCCGCACAUCCCAACCGCGCCGUAUGGCUAUACCCCAAAUCUCCCAACGCAGACAACCGUCGCAAUGGCAAUAGUAAUAGCAAUACCAACGGCAGCGACGUCGAGAUGACCGACGUAGACGGACAGCCGGACAAGGCAGACCUAACCGCCUCAGCCAACAAAUUCCCCCAAUUCGCACAAAUCGAGACCUCGCUCCUAACUUCUCUACGUACGCUCAUCGAAAGCACCGGACCGUCAGACCUCAACCCCACGACCCUAAUAUCAGGCGCUCUAACAAUGGCUCUAUCCUACAUCCACAAGAUGACCGCGUCCUUCGAGCCUGCCAAAACCUCCUCUGACCCAGCGAAUCCUCCCUCCACCACAGCCGUGAACAGCGCCACCAGCUCCGCGACGCUGCACUCGCGAAUCCUCGUACUCUCAGUAUCGGACUCCGAGCCUGCGCAGUACAUCCCAACCAUGAACGCCGUAUUCGCCGCCUCGCACGCGCGCAUCGCCGUAGACACAUUAUCUCUCCACGGCACCCCGACCUUCCUCCAACAAGCCGCGUUCAUCACAUCCGGCACCUUCCUCUCCGCGGCCAGCAACCCAGGCGGUCUACUGUCGUACCUAAUGUGCGGCUUCCUCGCCGACGCCGAAGCCCGCAAGUCUCUCGUAACGCCCACCCAGGACACCGUCGAUUUCCGCGCAGCCUGUUUCUGCCACCGCCGCGUCAUCGACACCGGCUUCGUAUGCAGCAUCUGCCUAAGCAUCUUCUGCGAAGUACCCGAGGGCGCCGAGUGUCUAACCUGCGGCACGAAGCUAGCCCUCGGAAGCUACGGCGCCAAGCCCGCCGUCGUGCCGCGCAGGAAGAAGAAAAAGAAGACACGUAUCAACGGCGUCAGUGGAAGGGAGGAGACGGGAAGCGCCACGGGGACGCCUGUGCCCGGGUAGGCUCCGGAUUCGCGUCAUUGUACCGGUACGACAAUAUUGGGCAAAAGGAAGGAGUUUGUAUCAUAGGGGCUUAGACCCAGGAUUUGCAUAGACAGGGCGGGCGUCUUGUAUGAAAUGAAACAUCACGAACAUCAUAAAGGCAUAAAAGAUGGCAGUACGCAGUAAGUCGGUCGGCUUACCGUAGGAGCAAUUUAAAUCAUCGAAUUAUUUUCAUUCUAUCUGAGCUGUCUGGGUGGGUUUGAUACCGGAGUCGGCUAGACAAUGGUUUCAACUUAGUAGCUACUCGCGAAUAACCACCUUGUUGUUUCUAA